ACCAUUUUUUGGAAAAUGAAAAAUACAUAAAUUAUAUCAACUGAUCAGAAAUGGCGAGAUCAGGAGCGAUGAAGCUCUCCCAACUCCGUGAGUUGAUGUGCAAGGUUCCAAAUGGAGCCAAAGGUCGAGGUAUCCAAGCCCUCCUGGUGGCCUCUGAAGAUGCUCACCUGUCCGAAUACAUAACAGACCACGACAAACGUCGGGAGUUUAUCUCCGGGUUCAAGGGCUCUCUGGGAACAGCUGUGAUAACACCGAAGAAAGCAGUUCUCUGGACCGAUGGGCGAUACUUCACCCAAGCCGAGACCGAGCUGGAUCCACCAGACGAGUGGACUCUGAUGAAGAGAGGAAUCUCUGGAACUCCGAGCGAGGAGGAAUGGCUAGUCUCUGAAUUGCCAGCAAAUUCAACAGUUGGAGCUGAUCCCAAUUUAUUGUGCUACUCAACGUGGAUGCAGCUUCAGAUGGCAUUGAGUGCUGCUGGUCACAGUCUUCUGCCCCUCGAAGAGAAUCUGAUUGAUCAAGUCUGGGGGGACGAGCAGCCACCACUGAUCCUGGAGCCAAUAGUCCCGCAGCUCUUGAAGUACACUGGAAAGAAGUCCGGGGAGAAAAUAGCCAAAUGCCGAGCUGAGAUGAAGGACAAACACGUGCAUGCUCUCGUCAUCACUUGUUUGGACGAAAUAGCAUAUCUUUUGAAUCUACGAGGCUCCGACAUUCCGUACAAUCCAGUGUUCUUCGCUUACGUCAUCGUCACAGAAUCCGAUGUUCAUUUUUUCGUUGAUAAGAGUAGAUUGACACCUGAGGCUGAAGCUCAUCUGGAUAAUGAGGGAGUUGACGCUGUCUAUCAUCCUUAUGAUGAUGUCAAGGCUUUCUUGAAGCAACUUGUUGUCGGCGACGCACUUAAGGCCAACAAUCAAAGGAUUUGGAUUCACAAUACUGCGAAUUAUGCGUUGCAUUAUGCGUGCUCUGGGGUUCAGAAACAUGUCAGCGUUACACCGACUAGGUUGAUGCAGAUUGUCAAGAAUGAGGUGGAGAUUGACAGCAUGAAGAGGGCGCAUUUGAGAGAUGCUGCUGCUUUGGUCAAGUAUUUUGCAUGGCUAGAAGAGAAAGUCAAGAGCAAUGUUGAACCACCGGUUACGGAGAUCUCUGGGGCUACAAAGUUGGAAGAAUUCAGGAGCGAAAUGGAGAACUUCGUGGGCUUGUCAUUCCCCACGAUAUCUUCUGUCGGAGCCCAUGGAGCUAUAGUUCAUUACACUCCAUCAGCAGAUACCGAUGUACCAAUUACAGACCAGGAAAUCUACCUCUGUGAUUCUGGCGCUCAAUACUACGACGGGACCACUGAUGUUACGAGGACUUUUCACUUUGGGGUGCCAACGAAUUUCCAAAGGGAAUGUUUCACUCGAGUGUUCAAAGGACAGACGGCCCUCGCCACAGCCGUCUUUCCAAUUUUCCUGAAGGGAAAUUAUCUAGAUACUCUCGCUCGAAAGAGCCUCUGGGACGUUGGACUUCAUUAUCUUCAUGGAACUGGACAUGGGGUUGGGGCUUACCUCAAUGUCCAUGAGGGGCCCAAUGGUAUCUCUUGGAGACCUCUUCCAGACGAUCCUGGAGUCCAGCCUGGAAUAUUCUUCUCUAAUGAACCAGGAUUUUAUGAAGACGGACAGUUUGGAAUUCGUCUGGAGAAUGUUCAAUAUGCUGUACCUGCAAACACUUCAUAUCAUCACAGAGACCUGCAAUUCCUCACGUUUGAGCCCGUCACCUUUGUACCCAUUCAAACAAAUCUGCUUGAUGUAUCUUUACUCAGUGAUGAAGAGAUAAAAUACCUAAACAAUUAUCACACGCGUUGCCUGGAGGUCCUCCAACCCUUCCUCCAAGGAGAAAAAAAUGCUCAGGCCCUGGCAUGGCUAGAAAAGGAAACCAAACCAAUUUCUAGAUAAUCAGGGAUAAUAUCAACGGUCUGAAAAAUUUUCUAAAUACUGAUUUUCAAUCUAGAUAAAAUUUUUCAUACUCUGAAAA